GUAUCAAUGAGCAUUUAUUGCUGCUGCUUCUAAAUGAUCGCUGAAUUGGCAUUAACGUUGCUGCUACUGCUCUCGCCGCUAGCUUUGGGUCAGACUCAGAUCCCUCAAUUCCAGUACCAAACCGAUGAACAAUUUCAUGAGGAACUGGUGGUUCGGCCACUAGCCGGCGACCAUGUAAACACAUACUUUCAAUUCACCACACGCUGGCACUACGGCGUUCACAAAAAUCUUUAUCACACACAGCUGACACCGCGCGUCAUAGCCGAAAUACUGCAAACAUACGAUGUGAAGGAGCUGCACAUAGGGCUCACGCAAGGACUGUGGCGCUACGAGACCUGGGGCUAUCCCAUUGUAGAGGCGACCGGUGGUGCCGAGCUGUGGGCCUGGUUCAGCUCACCGAAUUUGACCGACGACAGUGUGAACAAGCAGUGGAUGCGCUUGGCAAACGUCUUCUCUGGAAUACUCUGUGCCUCGCUUAACUUUGUCGAUAACACCAAUAGCAUUGCACCCAAGCACAUAUUCCGUCCACAGUUCAUGGAGUCAGGCAACCGGAGUCAUCAAUUCGUACGCUAUGCCACGUUGCCCCGGGAAAUUGUCUGCACUGAGAACCUGACGCCCUGGAAGAAGCUUUUGCCCUGCGGCAGCGCAUCGGGCUUGGCUACACUGCUAAACUCGGGCUAUAUCCACAAUACCAAAUACCAUUCCCUGGGCGUCAAGGUGCGAACAUUGUGCGAUAGCGACGACCCAAGCAAUUGUUUAGUGGAGCUCACACAGACGGCAAAUCUAGUCUAUGAUCUGAAGCUGUUGGAGCAGAGCAACACGGACUUCUCGCUGCGUCGCCUCUUCGGCAUGGGCUUGAACGGCUACUGCGAGAUGGCCAGCAGCAGUAAGAUCUACGUGCAGCUCAACGAGCAGGGUGAGCGCUUUCAACUGACUCCGACACCACAGGAAGAGGUUCUUAGUACAGUCGGUGGCCACAACGUCCUCUUUGGCGUCUACGACAUACAGCAGCAGUUCGAAGAACCAGGUGCCCGACUCUUCAACAUUGCAUGGCUUGGUCCCAAGGGCAAUAGCAAGAGGGAGCACACGUCGCCGCCACCGCUCUAUGCACAUCGCUACCUACUGGGCAAUGGUCAGAAGCACGGACGCAUUGCCACCGAAGUGACCAACACACAUUACGAGCCACUACCCGUGGUGCUCAUGGAGCUGGUGCCCUGGUACGUCCACGCCUACUUACACACCUUGCGCAUCUCCAGCAAGCCACAGCACCUGCACGAGUACACCUCCAACGAGUUGAAGUUCAGCCUGCUGCACUACGCGCCCGGCAAGCAGCGUGAGCUACCCACUCACUUGGAGAUUGGGUUUAUGCUGCCCGCCAGGAGCAGCGCUCUUAUAACCAUUGAGGUUGACUAUCUGCUGCUCAAGUGGCUUGAGUAUCCGCCGGAUGCAAAUCACGGACACUAUAUUGGAUCUGCCGUCAUUGGCAGUCAGCUGCCCAUAGGACGCAACUACACGGCUCUGCCAUUGGAGGGGUAUCUGUUCCAGGACUCGUUCAAUGCAUCGCAACCUGCAUACGCGCUGACCUUGCGCACUGAGGCGCUCAUUGUGUCCCUGCCCACGCCCGACUUCAGCAUGCCCUACAAUGUCAUCUGCCUGGCAUGCACCGUGGUGGCGCUGGCCUUUGGGCCCAUACACAGCGUCGCCACCAAGCUGAUCAUUGUGGAACGCCAGACGACCAUACCGCGCAACCUAUUGCGCAAGGUCGUGCACAAACUGACCAGUCGGUUCAGCAGGCGAUCCACCAAUACUGUUCUCAAUGAGCAGCAGAACAAUGAACAGAAUGGAAAGGGAAAGGAAAAGGAGAAUGAGCAGGAGGAGAAGCAGCUAGAUCAGACCCAAUCUUGUGAUAAGCAGGCACACAUGUGAUAAACCGGGUGGAGGGAGAGAGAGAGAGUGAUGAAGACCCAGCGAUAGA